CCAAAGAAGAACUGCAAGUUGAGGAUCCACUUGCGAGUCCGGCGUAAGCUGUUUGUUUUCAACAUCAUCACCCCCAACCCCCAAUACCAUUCCUCUCUCUCUCUCUCUCUCUCUCUCAUCUUUCUCUCUUUGUCCGAGGAAACAGCAAAACUAAUACAAGUGGAUCUCAUCACACCAGCUUAAAUAUUGUAACCCUAAUCACUCUCUCUCUCUCUCUCUCUCUCUCUCUCUCUCUCUCUUUAUGUCCAUGGCUUUGAUAUAUAUGACGAUGUUGUUAUGAAGGCCAGCCCUAAACCUUGUUGUCUACAUUCAAAGAUAGAGAAAGAGAGAUCACCAAAGGAAAUGCCUUCCUCACUGCAAUUCCAAAGACCCAUCAAUAACUCUCCUAAUUUUUAUCCCACAAACACAUUUAUCCAACACAAGCAAUUCCAAUCCCACGCCGCGGCCGCAGCUACAGCGGAGGACUUCACGCGCCUCCACGCUCACGUGAUGUCGCCCAACCCCAACCAGUGCUGCUCCGCGGUCGUGCAGUCCAUCGAGGCCCCCGUCCCGACCGUGUGGUCGGUCGUGCGGCGCUUCGACAACCCACAGGCCUACAAGCACUUCCUCAAGAGCUGCCAGGUCAUCGACGGGACGGGCGACGUGGGCACACUCCGUGAGGUCCACGUGGUGUCGGGCCUCCCCGCUGGGUCCAGCACGGAGCGCCUCGAGAUCCUCGACGAUGAGCGGCACGUCCUGAGCUUCAGUGUCGUGGGUGGGGACCACCGGCUCGAAUCCGUCACCACGCUCCACGACUCGCCGAGUGGACUCGGGACCGUCGUGGUGGAGUCGUACGUGGUGGACGUUCCGCCGGGAAACACCAAGGAGGAGACGUGCGUGUUCGUCGACACCAUCGUGCGCUGCAACUUGCAGUCGCUGGCUCAGAUCGCGGAGAGCAUGGCCAAACCAUCCACCAAGAGUAACAACAACAAACCCUCAUGAAAUAUUAUUAUUUCAUAAUCAAAAUGAGUUCAUGAUUCUUUUUUUUUUUUUUCCGUUUUCUUUCUUUUUGUGGAGACUAUUUGUAGAUUCGAUAGGUUUUCUGAGGCUCUAUCUCAGCAGCUGGUUGAAAUGGUCAAAGGUUGUCCGUACGUAUGAUGUUGUGUAUAAUUAAAACCCUGUGUUUCCUUUACCAUGUAUCCCCUUCUGAAGAUUAUCGCUCUCUCUCUCUCGA